UCAGAUGCUUUACUACUAUCGAAAUGUUACAGCAGUCUUACUGGUGUGUCAAAACAGUUACCAGGUGUUUCCUCCUUUCCGUGUGCAUCAGAGCUCUAUGAAACCGUGGGCUCUAGUUUCCAGGGUAGAAUAGGCAGGAGAACUGGUGCUUGUGCUCUUAAGAUACACUCAGAUUACGUGGCUGACUGAGACUGAUAGUGUCUCAGCCGGUCCAUCCUGGUGACCUCUGGAAGGGUGAAAUGGUGGCAAAGAGACAUUACUGGAGCACUGAGGUGAUGUGCAGUAUAAUCUCUGCAAGGCGAUUAGCUCAUGUGUAAGAGGCUGUGAAUGCAGACAGUGUUCUGGCAUCCUUGGCGCACAGAGGCGGAAAGGGUUUUAAGGAGACAGUCUUGGAUAAGGGAGAGCAGAGGGUUGCCCCUAUUUAUAAUGCUGGUGGGCCUAAGUAGCCCUCCCACAGGUAGGAUGUUUGCUCAUAAUUUUGCUUAUUUGAGGUCUGUUCCUACUGCUGUUGACCUUUAUGGAAAUUGGAUGAGACCCAGAGCUUGCAGCUGUGUUCUCACAACUUACCAACAUCUUUGGCUUAUCUCCCUGUUGGCAGAAACAAUACUGAGGCCAUCAGUGUAGAUGUGGUUUAGCUGUGUUAUCACAAGAAAUGAGAAGACGGUGGGAGUGCCUGUGUUACAAGUUGAACCUGCUGCAAAUUGCUUCUAAGUCUGUGAUGGGAGAGGAACAUGUAUUGUUUCACAUACAGCUGAGCAGAAGUUCUGUUGCAUUUUCUUGCAUUCCAGUGCUGUGUUGUUCUGUGUGUCUUGUCUUGGUUUGUAUUUUUUCCUUUUCUUCAUGUUUAAUUGUACUUUCGCUCUUCUGUAAGGCUUGGAGAAAGUUCUGAGCAAAUGUUUACACUUAAGGCUUUAGUUAUGUGUUGUGUUAGUGAAGCCAGUCAGAGUGUGUACAAGUGGUAGGACACUGGCAUUUUUGGGUAGCCAAAAUUUGUGUAAAGGGGUUGUCUGUUGCCUUUAACUUACUUUUUAGGAGCACUCAAGUGAGGUAUAUGGGGCUCUGAAGACAUACUAUAAUAAAAAUCCAUUCUUAGUCCAGAGAGGUUGCUUUGUGAAUAAGGAAAUGUUUUGGGCAGGUGAGGGACCCAAAGGAUAAGGAUACCAAAAAAAUAGUGUUAGGUACUAUGAGCAAAUAAGAAAAGGGGAAGAGCUGAAGAUAGUUUUAUGGUACAGAGAGGAGUGCUCUGGGACAUAGGGAAAGGUGCAGGAGGCACUUUGGAGGUAGUUGGAUGCAGCCCGAGUUCUUUGCUGUUCUGACCAUAUCUCCAAGAUGAGACACCCACGAUGCCUGUGUGCAGCUUCAUCUCACUCCUGGGAUCAGAAAAAAGGCCCUUGCUUCAAAAAAAUGCAAGAAUUUGGUUCAAAAUAUGGAGAUUUGUCAAAUUAACUCUCAGCUGUAACUUGUUUGCUAAUUUCAACUGAAUUCAAUGUUUAACGUACUGUUUUUCAGGACUGCUGUAGUAACCACUGAGGUAGCUGGGGAAGACCUGGAAUCCCACCCUUGAGGGGAACGCUAGAUAGCAGAAAGCUGGCAUCCAGGCUUUGUGAGCUCUUGCUUGGUCUGAAGAGCGUGAGAUCAUGGAGGACAAUUGCUGCAGACAGCUUACCAGGCCUGGAAGCAGGGAUGGAGACCUGUAACUGCUGGCCUCUUGCGCUGGCAGCGCAAGCUGGUCUUGGUGGUCAGUCAGGUGCUCUCUGAACUGCUCUCAGCGUUGAAUGCCAGGGACUGGUGUGCAGCCCAGCUCGCAGAGCAGCUAGCGCUCGAGUUCAGAGCAGCGUAGAGCAAGCCCUGUGCGCAGCGUGGGAGCUGAACCCACGUGUGCUGGCCUGGUUUGUCUGCCCUCCUUGGCUGCGGUGCCCUGGUCCGGGGUCAGGACAAGUUGUGGAUGCACACAACUGCAUACCCGAGCUGGACAGUGAAACAGCCAUGUUCUCAGUCUACGAUGGACACGGAGGAGAAGAAGUUGCCCUGUACUGUGCCAAGUAUCUUCCUGAGAUAAUCAAAGACCAGAAGGCCUAUAAGGAAGGCAAAUUGCAAAAGGCCCUGGAAGAUGCCUUCUUGGCCAUAGAUGCCAAGCUCACCACUGAGGAGGUGAUUAAAGAGCUCUCUCAGAUGGCUGGGCGACCCCAAGAUGAUGAUGAUGAGAAGGAGAAAGUUGCUGAUGAAGAUGAUGUGGAUAAUGAGGAAGCUGCUCUUCUGCAUGAAGAAGCCACAAUGACCAUUGAGGAACUUCUCACACGUUAUGGACAAAACUGCACUAAGAACCUCAAAAACAAGUCUUUAGCUCCAGCUGGGGAGAACACUGCAGAGGGGACAGGCAAGCAGCAUGAUGGGGAGUCAAAUAUGAAUGGAGAGGCUGACCCGGGGGAGCUUACCGACCACAAGGAGAGGAAGAAUGGGAAGCCAGAUGAAGAAAUCACGGGUAUUUCCUCCACCUCAGACAAAGCCAGCACUGGAGGCAACAGCCCUGCUCUGCAGAAGCCUGAACUAGGCAAAGGUGACGAGGCCGUCACCUCUUCUACUGGGGAGGCCGGGCCCUCCUGCUCCUCUACGGGAAAGCCCCAGCGCACAACCAAAUCCAAAUUUUUUGAGGACAGUGAGGAUGAGUCAGAUGAGGUUGAGGAAGAGGAGGAAGACAGUGAGGAAUGCAGUGAAGAUGAGGAUGGUUACAGUAGUGAAGAGGCAGAGAAUGAAGAUGAUGAAGAUGACACUGAAGAAGCAGAGGAAGAUGAGGAUGAAGAGGAGGAAAUGUUGUUACCAGGCAUGGAGGGGAAAGAGGAGCCUGGCUCUGACAGCGGGACAACUGCUGUUGUGGCGCUUAUCCGAGGCAAGCAGCUGAUUGUGGCUAACGCUGGAGACUCUCGUUGUGUGGUGUCAGAAGGUGGCAAAGCUGUUGACAUGUCAUAUGACCACAAGCCGGAGGAUGAGGUGGAGCUGGCCAGGAUAAAGAACGCUGGUGGCAAAGUCACCAUGGAUGGGAGAGUGAAUGGCGGUCUCAACCUCUCCAGGGCAAUCGGUGAUCACUUCUACAAGCGGAACAAGAAUCUGCCUCCAGAAGAACAGAUGAUCUCUGCCUUGCCUGACAUCAAGGUGCUGACAAUAAAUGAUGACCACGAUUUCAUGGUCAUUGCCUGUGAUGGAAUCUGGAAUGUGAUGAGCAGCCAGGAAGUGGUGGAUUUCAUCCACUCCAAGAUCACCCAAAAGGAUGAGAAUGGAGUCCUGAGGCCGCUCUCUUCCAUUGUAGAAGAGCUGCUGGAUCAGUGUUUGGCUCCAGACACCUCAGGGGAUGGCACUGGCUGCGAUAACAUGACCUGCAUCAUUAUCAGUUUCAAACCCCGUAAUACACACCCACCUGCUGAAAGUGGGAAGCGGAAACUGGAGGACACGGCAGCACCAGCAGCACCAGCAGAAGAGAACGGUGGUGAUAACAACAAGAAGGCCAAGCUGGAAUAGCAGGCCUCGCACAGGGACUUUGCUGUGCGCUCACCAGACUCUCGUUUCUUAAACAUGCUGAACUCAAGACUCCAAAGUCUUGGUCCUUUUUUUAGCCUUAGCAGAGGCCUUGUUUGUCCGUGUCCUGAUUGGGGGGUGGGGGGCGGGUCUGGUUAGCGAGGGCAUGUCGCACUGUUCAUCUGUAACCAUUCCAAAGAGGGAGCCAAGGGCAGAGCUGUGCACGGGAGCAGCCACCAGCCACAGCGCAGGAGCCCGCCACGGCUGGCAGCCUGUAAGCACAGAGCCCUGUGGUUAGAAGAAGGAUGUCCCCCCAUUGUCUCCAUGUGGUUGUUGCCAUUUCUGUGCCUGUGAAUUUCUGUUCGGAGGGAAGAACUUUUUCACUGUUGAGGUUUUUUUAAUCUGCACCCAAUUAUUUAAGGCCCUUUCUGUUUUUAUUUGUGAAACAAUCUGGCUGUGGUGCUGCUGCCACACCUUGUUCUGUUGUACACUUUCAAUCAAUACUUUUUUCAAACUAAAAGCCCAGAAAACGUAGCUG